AUGGUUAAUGCCGCGUCACAGUGCGAAAGCCCUCGUGGUUCCAAUAGGAAAAAGGACUGCCCUAUCAUAAUGUGUCCAACGAUAAAACGCAAUCUGGAGGUUGGCCCGUAUCCAGUUGCUUACAUGGCAGAACUGUGCAAGUUCAUCAGCCUCGACCCGAACGAUUCUCCCUCAGAGGCAUCGGCAGAGCAAACAAAUAUUUUUCUCUUUCCAAUCUCUUACGGCGGCGGGUUCUACAAAAAUUUCCAAUUUAUGUUGGAUUGGAGCACAGUGGAUGCACCGUACCACCGUGCUCAUCUGAAGUUCCGCGAGUGCGUUUUGGACACCACGCCCCUAAAGUGCGAUGCUGUGAGCUUGUCCUCUGCAGACCAGACGGUGACGCAAUUCACGAGGGAAAUGUUGGACCGAGCCCUUGGUUUUCUGCUGAAGGAAUGCAAGCACUUUGUACCCAACAACCGCGACUGCCCGAGGUCCUCCCUCGGCGUUCACCACGGGAACGCAGGGGGUACCAACGCCUACGGCAACGGGGGUAACGAGGACAAUUACAGUGGAUACAACGACAAUCAGCUCCACCCUGACGCCACAACCAACCGUCCCUCAAACACUUUUCCUUUUACUACUUCAUCGACUUCUCGCUUCACCUGGACAACCAAGGGCAACCCUGAUGGAGUCACGCCUACUGCCGAUUUUUCUGGAAACUUCCUUGAUGGUGCUGAGAGCCAGCAGUACAGGGGCGCUGGGUCCACUCUCAUGCUCUGUCUCAGCACUCAGAUUGCUCUGGUGCUCUCCUGGGCACUAGCUGUAAGAUUAUAUUAGGUUAGCUUACAUGAAACUGGAGCGUUGCUCUUCUGCUUUUUUUUUUUUUUUUUUUUUUUUCUGUGACCUGAAUUUUAAACAUUUCCUGUAAUUGCAAUCGUACCCAUAUGCAAAUACACUUUGGAAGCCAAAUCAUCCUAAGCUUAUAUUUUAUGUAGCCAUAGCUUAGUUUUGCACUACAUGUGAAAAAAUCAUGUUCAUGACACAAACAAAUUUACUGCAUAUUUCAAAGACUCGCCGAGUGAAGGCACAUAGAAUCAUCGUAGCACCUUGCUUUAGCAGCAACAUCGACCGUUAAGCAAUAUAUUGCUGAUAAGGCAAGGAAACCUGAGCGAGGGUUUGGGAACGCGAUGGAAUGUCUAGACAAUUAUACCUAUACAGGUCUUGUUUCAGAGCUAGUGUAUCUGAAUUAGAAGGUUUGAUAAUCUUUCUUUAUCGAUUUGUACCUUAAACGUUUUUGUUUUGAUAAUUUGAAACGGAAAAAAAACUAUACUGUUGGACCUAUAUGUGUAAGAUAUAAUGACUCAUUCUCUCCCCUCCUCUCCUCUCUUCUCUCUAUUGGACCUAUAUGUGUACGAUACAAUGAAAUCAAGACAUUCUCUCUCUCCCUCUCUCCUCCUUUCUUUUCUUCUCUUCCCUUCUCUUUCUCUCUCUCGUCAUCUGUCUCUCUCUCACUCUCACUCUCUCUCUCUCUCUCUCUCUCUCUCUCUCUCUCU